UACGCAAGCGUCGAAAGUAGCCAUGUUGGCUCUUUCACGCAGGCGCGUUGCUGAAUUCUCAGGGCAGAUUAUACCUAGGUGAAAACUAUCUCUUUUAAGGGGAAGCGACACCUAGAAGGAGCAUUGAGAAGACUGCAAGGGUUUCAGGCCCACACGUACUCUGUGUCUCCCUUUGCUUUACCUGUGCUUGCGGUCGCCCUCGUUGCCCCGGGAAGGAGCCUUUCAGCUGAAGGAGGGACGCCGAGCCGAGGCGACGCCUCUGCGCUUGCGCGUGUACAGUGGCCGGAAGGAGCCAAAGUAAAGUCAAGUCUCCGGUGACAGCUGCGAGCCCCACCCUUUCCCCACGUGGCUGCGUAGACCUGGCAGCCAUGGCUUCCAAGCGCAUCACCCAGGAAACCUUUGAUGCUGCAGUGAGGGAGAACAUUGAGGAGUUUGAGAUGGGCGCUGAGGAGGCCAUUCGAGAGGCUGUGGAGCAGUUUGAAUCGCAAGGGGUUGAUCUGAGCAACAUUGUGAAGACAGUACCGAAAGUAUCCUUGGAUGGCCUCCAGGAGCCCACACAUGAUGUCCUACAGGCUCUCAAUGAUCUGCAGCAGGCCCUGACUGGCUCUCAGCUCCAGGAGGUGUCUGCCCAUCUUGUCCGUUUCUGUGACCAGUGCAAGCAGCAGAAAGCCAGCCGCUACCUGGCAGCCCAGAAGGGGGCCUACCCAAUCCUCCUGGCUGCUUGGCAGCUGGCUGCCACUAGCGACCAGGGUCUUCUGCUCCAGGCUCUCAAUGCCCUGGCAGUGCUGACUGAUGGCCAACCUGACCUCCUGGAUACUCAGGGCUUGCAUCUUCUCGUGGCCACGCUGGCACGGAAUGCUGCCAACACUGAACUCACAUGCUGUGGGAUUCGCUGUGUGCGCCAUGUCUGCCUAAAGCAUGAACAGAAUCGGCAGGGCUUGGUGAAAGCCGGUGUGCUGCCCCUGCUCACGGCUGCUAUUACACAGCAUGGUCAACACGCCGAUGUGGUCAGGGAGGCCUGCUGGGCCUUGCGGGUCAUGACCUUCGAUGAUGAUAUCAGAGUGCCCUUUGGCCAUGCCCACGAGCAUGCCAAGAUGAUUGUUCAGGAGAACAGAGGCCUGAAGGUGCUCAUUGAGGCUGCCAGAGGUAGGAGCAGCACUGGUAAGAGGAGGGUAGGCCUGCUUCUCAGCUAGAAGAAUGAGCUCCCAGCCUGCCCUGUGGUUCCACCUCCAUAGGGGGCCUGUGCAUGGGAUCUCCACUCCUCUGGGAGAUGGGAAAACCUUUCUCAGUCCCUGUUCUGUACCCCAACAGUGGCUGAGGAAUGAGGCCCGCCUGACCAUCUGUAAAGCCGGCCAGCUUCUUAAUUGUUUGCACUUCUGUGCUUGUUUAUGGCAGCUUGAAAUUGGCUAAUUAGGGGUAGAGCAGGAGUGCAAACUUC